GUCGCGCGUCCCCGGGGCCCUGCGCGCGCCCGGGCGCCUGACCCGCCCCGUGACGCAUUUGCAACCGUCCGGAAUCGCGGCUGGCCAGCGCGCACCCGCGGCGCGGGGCACGCGCCUCGUGCACGCGCCCGACCACGUGACUCCGCGCGGCCAACCGGCGCGCCGGGAUUUAGGGAUAAAGCGCGGCCCCGCGACAGUUGCGGCGGGAGAGCGGCGGGGCAGAGAGCGUGACUCGCCCGCUCCAGUGCCACCGGUUCCCGCUGCGCUUGCCGCCGCCGUCGCCGCGCAACCAUGUCGGAAGAGAAGCCCAAGGAGGGUGUGAAGACAGAGAACGACCACAUCAACCUGAAAGUGGCAGGGCAGGAUGGCUCAGUGGUGCAGUUCAAGAUCAAGAGGCACACUCCGCUGAGCAAGCUGAUGAAGGCCUACUGUGAGAGGCAGGGCUUGUCAAUGAGGCAGAUUCGAUUCCGGUUUGAUGGACAACCAAUCAACGAAACAGACACUCCAGCCCAGUUCUUAGCUCUGAUUAUUCUUCUGUGAAUCUUGUCAGAAGUCGGGUGGAUAAGUAGUUACUGAGACUCCACAGUAACCCUUUUUCUCGCAUGCUGCACUCCAGCCAAGGUGACUGGGCUGUGUCUAGUGUAGGGGAAGCCGUUUGGGAGCGUGGUAUCAUUGUGAACUGACUUCUGGAUUUCCUGUCUCCUCUCCCUGGCCCGCCCUGGCACCUUCGAAAGCUGGAGAUGGAGGAUGAGGACACCAUUGAUGUAUUCCAGCAGCAGACGGGAGGAACGGCCUCCCGAGCCAGCGUCCCCACACCCAGCCAUUUUCCUGACAUUUGCUAUUGAAUGGUGACCAUGCAGCCACACCAAUCACACAAGAGUCCGCAGAAGCCAGAGUCACCGAAAAGAGUCUCCUUUCCCGAUGCGCUUGGAGUGAACUACAUCCAGAAUACGCUGCAGGGCGAGAGCAUUACAUACCCUGGUCGUUAGGAGGGUUUGGUUUGGGGGAAAUGAGGCGUGGGGUUUUUGGGGUUUGUUUUGUUUUCAUUUGUUUCCUCCCAUUUCUAAAAUUUUUUCUCCCCCAAACUUGGGUCUGGAUGUACAGACUCUCACCCUGUGGCCUGAGUCUAAUCCCUAGAACUAUGGUUUCCUCCGGUGUGACUUGUCCUGAUCAGGUAGAGAGAGCUUGUGGUCACAUUACCCAGUGGGCAUACCUGUGGGAUGUGGGGAGGGGCAGAGAAGCAGAAUUCCACCCGUUUGUUGUAGGCAUAGGAUAUUAAAAUGUGAAAUACUGUAAAUUUGAGCUUUGUCAAGCAUAUGGUGAAGUUAAGGGAAAAAGACCAGUGCUUCUUAAAAACUGUGAGGAGUCUUCCUACUGUGGCCCAGGCCGGCAUAUGCCCACUUGCUUCUGGCAUCUGGUAAUGGAUACAUCGGUAAGGGUGGCAUAGUGAAACCCACCCCCCACCCUUUUUAUAAUGUCCAAGAAAGUAAUUGUCCCGUCCCAUUUGGAAAUUGAACAUGAUCUCAGAUUCUUCUGGUCCUUGCUAGAUAUAUAAUUAUGGUUUCUGUCUAAGAAGGUAAUCAGUUAAGUAUCAAGUUUGCUGCAGUGUUGUGUAAGAGCCCCGCUUUCAAGUGUGGUUGCAAAAGCAAGCCCAGGAAAGGUGACCUCAUUUUCCCGGAUUGUGGUGUGCAGUUUUCCAAGUGUGUGUUAACGGGACGCCUCGGUGGGUGACUGCGGUUCUGCAUCGUGGGGUCAGUUAAAUGUCUAUAGUUCCUGCCUGCCAUCCUUCUGUAAGGAUCCAUUGCUGCUUGAUGGCCAUCUCUGCCUUUUAUAGUCACCCGACACUGACCUACCAUCUCUCGCUUGCUUAAAGUCCCGAGGAAAAUGUUUCUGCCUGUUUGCUGCGUGGGCCUGGGUGGGGUGUCUGUCGGCUCUGUUGUGUUUCUUCACCGGUUUGUACCUGUUGUCCUUUACUACUGUAAACAGUAAAUAUAGUUUGGUAUUCUGUC